AACUCCUGGACGCGCACUUUUGCGGACCUAUAUACCCGUGGCGUCAUGCAGAAGGAGUCGAAACUUCGCUAUGAUCCUUCCGAGCAUGCGAAGAAGCAGCAGGCCGCGAAGGAUAGAGCGAAGGAACUCCGGGAUGCUCGUUCGCGCGGCGUGGUGAACGAUACGUGCACGUUCACCCCCAAAGUGAAUCCAAGAAAAGCAGCUGAAGAUAACAACGACGAACCGCAGCAGCAUGCUGCUCCCCCAGGAUCGCCCCCCAUCCGGUCGAAGUUUCAAGCGACGGCAGCGCCACCUUCGCCACCCAUAAAGUCCAAGUUCCAAAAUCAGGAAUCUCCGCGUGUCGAGUCCCCACCUCCUGCAAGCCCCCCCAAGCGCCGAGCUCCCGUGUCCAACUUGAAGAAACCGACCCCUCCGCCCAAAAUGCAAGCAAACGAUUCCUCCGAUUCGCUGGACCGUCUCUCUGGGUCAUAUUCGCGACAAACUAAUUCCAAACCAUCCAAAGAGUCGUCCAUACAACAGCCAUACGAAACUGAAGAGCCUGAGCACGACUCGCUAUCCAACGAACUCAAGACGCGCACGGGAAAGGUCAUUGCCCGGGAGUCCAAGCCGAAAGCAUCGGCAGGAGGCGGGGCGUGCUCUCGAGACUCGAGUUGCCGAUGCCGCCAAUGCGACCCUUCGAACGUCGUCGAGGCAGCCCCGGCGCCGUUGGCGCGCCAGCGGCAAAUGAAGCCCAGUCCGUCCGCGGCGGUUGCAGACACUUCGACCGUGGACCAGAACUCGUUGUCGCUGCUCAAGUCCAAAAUGUCUCGACGCAAGAGCCGCAGCGCUCCCACCAAGCCCGCGUCCAUGUUUGUGGAUGAAGACAAACCCCGCCAAGUGGUGCAUUCCGCGCGCGAACCUCCUGCGGUUGCUCAACAGGCCAAACCAGCUGUACUAGAGAAGCGCCGCCCGCCGCCUCCCGUCGCCGCCUUUGAAAAACCGCCGGCCAACGUGUUUGACGGUGUGCCCGACGGGGUAACCAACCCUUUUUUCGAUAUCAUGCAAUAUCAGUUGGGGAAAGCGAAGUGCAAGACGAUGGUGCUAACCACGAAUGCCCCGAUUGCCACCGAAAGUUCAACGCUACAGCCAUUCUCAAGCAUCAAAAAAUCUGCAAAAAGGUGUUUCAAGGGCCAAAGAAAGUGUUCAACAUGGCGGCUGCCCGCCUCAAAGGCACAGAUGUCGAAAAAUUGCUGAACGAAAAAGGCAUUUCGAUCAAAGCCGCGACCACCGCUGUAUCGCAGGCCAAGGCGAAAGCCGACGACGCGGCGGCCAAGAAGGCCGACUGGAAGAAGAAAAGCAACGCGUUCCGAGAUGCCAUCAAAGGCAGUCGUGACUACGAAAUUGCCAAAAAGGAAGGCCGUGAAUUGCCUCCGCCCAAACCCGCCGAGAUUGACCCCAGUCUUGUGCAAUGUGCGCAUUGCUCGCGUCGGUUCAACGAAAAAGCGGCCGAGCGUCACAUUCCUCACUGCAAGGAAAAGGCUGACCGCGCGGCGCUGUCCAGCGGACCACCCAAAAAAGCUGGCGGGAAAGCCGCCCCCGCUGCCAAGUUGGCGCCCCCCAAGCCAGUGGCGAAGGCUCCGGCAAAGAAAAAGUAGUCACCACACACGAGCAUGUUGUUUUGGUGCAUACAUUACCCUCUCUUUGACAUCUUACUUCUACUCGACCCCCGAGUGGUGGGUGUCAAUUACGACAAACACUUUGUCGUUGGGGAACACCUGCGUGUCACUCGGUGGGGACGUGAGCACAUAUGGCACAACAUU